AAUUGUUGAGUUGUCUUUUACUUUAUUUGCGUAUAUUUGCCAAGUGCUCAAGUGUUUGCUAAUAACAGAAAAGAUUUGUGCACAUAAAAUAUAAUUUUGUAUUGUUGUUAAGAUGGAAAAAAUAUUAGUAACAGGCGGUACAGGAUUGGUAGGAAAGGCACUCGAGGAAGUGACAAAAACAGAAAAACAAAUAAAUGAAGUAUGGUAUUUUGCCGGCUCUAAAGAUGGCGACCUCACAAAUCUGGAGGAAACAGAAGCGCUCUUCCAACGCAUCAAGCCUACUUGUGUGAUACAUUUGGCAGCUAUGGUUGGAGGCUUGUUUCAUAAUAUGAACAACAAUUUGGAUUUUUUGCGUGAAAACAUGAAAAUAAAUGACAAUGUGCUACACACAGCAUAUAAAAGUAAUUGCAGCAAAGUAGUGUCUUGCCUAUCAACAUGCAUAUUUCCAGAUAAAACCACAUAUCCUAUAGAUGAAACUAUGGUUCACAAUGGCCCGCCACAUCCCUCAAAUUAUGGUUACUCUUAUGCGAAACGCAUGAUCGAUAUCGCAAACCAAGCAUAUCAUGAUAAAUAUGGUUGUAAAUUUACUUCAGUCGUUCCAUGUAAUAUAUUUGGUCCAUAUGACAAUUAUAAGCCUGAAGUGAGUCAUGUUAUUCCUGGCAUGAUACAUCGUAUGCACAAAUUGAUUAACAGCGAUACAGAUAUUAGUGAAAGUGAAAAGGUUUUUACUGUUUUUGGCAGUGGUAAGCCUUUGCGUCAAUUUAUUUACUCUUUGGAUUUGGCAAGGUUGAUUAUGUGGGUGCUCAGAAGUUAUGAGAGCGUUCAACCUAUAAUUUUAAGUGUAGACGAAGCACAAGAAGUAUCUAUUUAUCAGGUUGCUGAAUCAAUUGCAAAAGCAUUUAAUUUUAAGGGUAAAAUUGUUUGUGAUACAACUAAGGCUGAUGGUCAAUACAAGAAAACUGCUUCCAAUGCUAAACUACGUUCACUGCUACCAGAUUUCAAAUUCUCUGAUUUUGAAAAAUCAAUCAAAUCAUCAGUGGAUUGGUAUAUUGAAAACUACGAGAAUGCGAGAAAAUAGUAAAUUUAAAUUUUUUGAU